GACGUCGUUACUAAGCCACGUUGUCGUUGCCGCCAAAGCAUUAGCAGCAGAGAUUAUUCAAUUAGCAGUUUACAGCGAUAUUUAACGAUUUUAUUCAGUUAUGGAGGAAGAAUAUGUACCGAAAGUAUUUAUCCAGAUAAAAGAUGUAGGGUGAAGAAAAUGAGAUAUGUAACGUAAGGACAGAGCUGACAACGCUUUAUCUUUGAUUCGUUCCAAAAUAAAAUCUCGAAAAAAUCAACAUCCGGUCAAAAAUUAAUCAAAGUCACCUGAUUAAAUGCAGAUCACUAACUGUUAAAGAGAUGGGAUAACUUAAAUUAACAACAAAAUGGCUUCACAACUUGAUGAAUGCGAAAAUGAACAUGCCUUACUGCAUUCUGAGUCAAAUGGUGACACAAGGGAUGUUCCGAGAUCAGUCAAUGGGGAAGUUCAUUCAAGAAAUACAUCAGCAAAUAAAAGUCCACAUAGGAAUGAGCCAAAACUAUCCCUGUCAGAAUACCAUACAUCUUUAAGCUCCUCAGGGGAGGAAACUCCGCUAAUAUCCAGUCAGGAACAGACAACUCCAAAAAUUGCUCAAAAAGAUAAUACAGUGAGAGUAACAGAAAUGGAAUCCUUUCCUACAACUAGUACCCCUAUUAGGGGAGAUAUUAAUUUAGAUACAUGUGCUGGUGCUGUAGGAUUUUCACCUGUAACUCGUCAAGGUACUGGAAGUACUAACAAUUCUAGAAGUGCUGAUAAUAGUGAAUUUGUAGAACGUAGAAAGAAAAGAGUCAGUUUUGUAGAUCCACUAGAUGUGAAAGUGCCUUUAAUUGGGUAUGAAGUUAUGGAACAAAGAGCUAAAUUUACAGUGUUUAAACUACAUGUACAUAAAGGCACCAGUGAUAACUGGUUUGUGUUUCGUCGCUAUACAGAUUUUGUCCAACUACAGCAGAAGCUGAAGAUUUUGUUCCCAAUGUUCAGACUAAAACUACCUCCAAAACGUUGGUUCAAGAACAAUUACGAGAAAGAUUUUAUAGAAGAUAGAAUGUUAGGACUCCAAGCGUUUAUAGACAGUCUUCUUUGCCAUUCAGAUCUAUGCAAUUGUAUUCCAGUUCAGGAAUUUUUCUGUUUUCGGGACCCGCCAGGACCUCAUGACAGUGUAGAGGAAAGCAGGGCAUAUUGUGAUGAGCUGGAAGAUGCUGUGUAUAACCUCAAGAAAGAAAUUCACGCCAAAGAUACAGAAAUGGAAUUAUUGCGUGAAGAAUUGAGUCUGUUUAAAUCCCAAGUAGAAAUGCUGUCAAGGGCACUCCGGGAAGUAAAUGCAAAUGGUGCUUCAAAUGUAGUAACAGUUCCCUCCCCUACAGAUUCAUUGGCUGAAUGUGACUUCAUGGCUCCGGAAGCUGACCAAUCAAAACCCAUGUCUCUUAAAGAUGAGAUUAGCCAAUCAGAGGCAAUAAAUUUGAAACUAGCCAACCAAUUAGAUAUAAGUACUGAAGUGAAUGUGAAAGGAAAAGGAAAUAUUUUCAAAAAGAAGGAAAAGCCUACACAGCAGAGAUCUGGUGGUGUAAAGCUUCCACAACCAACUUGAUGUUGUAAAUGCUUAAAAAAAUUGCCUUUGUUUUUAAUUAUUGCUGAUGUAUUCUUGAUAUUAUGUUUAUUAACUGCUAUUCGUAAAUGUGAUAUAGUUUUACAAGUGCUACUUAUUUAUUUGCUAGCCAUGAUAUAUUAAAUUACUUGUAUUGUAAGCAAUUGUGACCAUAAUAUGUUGAAAAAGGUUGUUUUGAGUUACUCCACAGGUAGAAAAUAUAGUAUUUUAGUUUGUUAAUUGAUGCUUUUUUUUGUUUUUUAUGUGAAAAGGGUAGAGCUUUUUUUUUGUGUAAAAAAUCAUAUUUUAGUGCUGUUCAUUUAAAAAGGGUAGAUUGAUAGGGACUGGUAGAGAUUAUAAACUGAAACAUGUUUUGAUUGUGGUUAAAUGCAUUUAAGUUUAAAAAAUAAAUGAUGAAAAUACAUUGAGCUUGCAUUUACAAUACUGUACAAUCAUUAUGUGUGAAUAGGUCAAUCCAUGAAUUUAAGAUCUGAUAAAAUUUAUUGCAUCUACUGUAAGGUUAUGUUUGCAUUUUACAAUUUACAAUUUUUCAAUAACAGACAAACUACAUAUUCAAUAAUCCAUGGAAAUGUCCAUUUUGGCAAAAUCGCAAAAUUUCAUGCCACAAUUUUGAUUUUUCAGUUUUUCAUUUUAUCAAGAAGCGAUGAGGGUUUUUGUGUUGUUGAUUUUUCUUCCAUAAUAUUUUAAUUUUUCUGUUUGACGGCUUGCUAGGUGAUAGGAAUUAGAAUUGUAGAUCAUGCGGUGCUUAGUUUUAUUUUCUGUAGGCAAUACAAUGUACAGUACACGUUUCAAGGUUGUAAUCUUUUUUUUACACAAUUUUUAGCUCGACUAUUUGAUAAGAAUAAGUAGAGCUAUUGUAGUCACCCGAGCGUCCGCGUCGGCGUAACCACUUAUGUUAAAGUUUUUGUAAUAGUUCAAAUAUUUUCAAAGUCCAUUGACAUAUGGCUUUGAAACUUUGCACACUUGUUCACCAUCAUGACCCCAACCUGUAGACAGGAGGAGGUAACUCUAUCAAGCAUUUUGACAGAAUUAUGCCCCUUUUUCAACUUAGAAUUUAUGUUAAAGUUUUUGUAAUAGUUCAAAUAUUUUCAAAGUCCAUUGACAUAUGGCUUUGAAACUUUGCACACUUGUUUACCAUCAUAACCCCAACCUGUAGACAGGAGGAGGUAACUCUAUCAAGCAUUUUGACAGAAUUAUGCCCCUUUUUGGACUUAGAAUUUACGUUAAAGUUUUUGUAAUAGUUCAAAUAUUUUCAAAGUCCAUUUACAUAUGGCUUUGAAACUUUGCACACUUGUUCACCAUCAUAACCCCAACCUGUAGACAGGAGGAGGUAACUCUAUCAAGCAUUUUGACAGAAUUAUGCCCUUUUUUCGACUUAGAAUUUACGUUAAAGUUUUUGUAAUAGUUCAAAUAUUUUCAAAGUCCAUUGACAUAUGGCUUUGAAACUUUGCACACUUGUUCACCAUCAUGACCCCAACCUGUAAACAGGAGGAGAUAACUGUAUCAAGCAUAUUUUUUUACUGUCAAGCACUAAGAAUAGUCGAGCGUUGCUGUCCUACUGACAGCUCUUGUUGUCUUUCGUAGAGUUAUUACUGUAUACAAAAGAUAAUUUUGCUUUGUUGAUAUUUUAUGUAUUUCAAAAUCCAGUGUGUUCAGUUUGUUCCAGGUUGUAAUGUAAUAUGUUUGGCUAGUUAGCUUGUCAGUUUGGAAGAUAAAGUCGAGCUAGUAUGAUCGCUAUGGCGUCAUCAUUGUUGCCAUCGUCAUCAUUGUCAUUCUUAAUACUUAAAUUUAAGCCAUUACUAAUAUAAUUUUAAAGCUUUCAAUAUGAAACUUUGAUACUUGCUUAUUAUGACAUGAGGCAGUUGUAAGACAAUAGCAUAAUUCUGAAGCUAUUUUUUGGAUUUAUACCCGUUUUUGUUACUUAGAAUUUUUGUUAAAAGUGAUUAUUUUAAAAGAUAUGCGUUAUCACCGCAUGUGGAGCUCUUGUUUGAUAGUAAAAUUAAAUUGUAUCAAAUAAA